AUGAUCUCCUGCGAGUGGUGGAUAUUUGCCAUCAUCUCAGCUGUCACCUUGGUCCUGUAUGCUCUCCUCUUGCUGUCACUUUACAUCAUGCUCAGCAGGAAAAUAGCCCAACAUUCCCAUGGGAUGCAGGGGUCCAGCAGCCCUGUGGCACAGCCCACCCCGGAUCCAGCCCCAUCAGCAGGAGGGCUCGGGGCACAACAACCAGCACCAGCCGAUGCAGGGAGCAGCGACACAUCCUCGGACACCUCGGAGGACUCGGCCGACAGCCCUUCCUGCCCACAGGGCCAGGGCUCGGGAGAAAACAUCAAUUACACAUCCCUGGUCUUCUCAGGGAAAGGCCGUGGGCCAGGCUGUGCCCAGGACUACGAGGACAUCAAGAGAGGGAGGGACUAUGUCAACGUGGACCCGAAGAAGAAGGAACAUCUCUGGCCCUGCUUCAGCCCCGUGGCGUCCAAGCCUGUGGAGUACACGGAGGUGAAGCUGUGA